AUGACGCAGAUUGCUUUCCCUGCCGACUUGCUUCGACAACUUCAGGAGAACGUGUCUUUUGAUCUUGGAGCCAUCGAAGAUAUCCGAGCAGCGAUGCAGGAAAUCAGCGAUCGACUUAACCAUCGUACAGGAAUCCUAGGCCAAGCUGUGCAAUCCUUGGACUCAGGUCACCGUCAGGUCUUUGAAGGGUGCGUUACUGUUGAAAAUCAGUUGGAAGAAUUCAAGCGGAUUUUGAGGGCCCAGCAGACCGUGAUUGAGGAGCAAGCCUCGACAUGGACCAGGGAGAUGGCUGCAAUGAGAGAUCGUUUGGAAGACAACCAGGCGGUAAUCAAUCAACAGCUUGUCGUGAUAGAUCAGGCGAAGCAGCGCGAAGCCCUGCUAUUGGCCAAGGUGGAAUCCAUGGCUGGACGUCUGAAUGAGAUGGAAACCAUGCUGUCCAGUAUGAGUGCGAGUGUGAACGAACACAAGGGCCGGCUAAGCAUUCAUGAAACUUACAUUUCAGCAGCUGUAAGUUCGCAGGCUACAGGGUCUCAAGAGGGCGAUGCUGGUGCUGCCGAGGGUGAUUUGGCAGUCCAAGUUCGCAUGUUGGCCGAGAGGGUGGAUCAAGAGCUGGCACAGAUUGCUCGUGGGGACGCUCACGAUGCAGAGGCUGGAUCUUUGAAGGACCUGAAUGCGGUUGUAGACCAGCUUGACGAACGGGUAACGGCACUGGAGACAAGCAUGGAAGAGUGGGAAAAUGCGGAUUGUGAGGAUGAUCAACGUCCUUGUGAGUCUGAAGCGCAUGUGGGCGGAAUGCCCCAGCGAUUUGACUUGACACCGAAUUUGCAGGACACUCCUACGUGGGGAAAUCAAGAGCCUGCAGAUGAACAGGAACCAGAUGCUACCGCUAUGUGGUGGCAGCAACCUUUCGAGUUUUCAUCAACAGAGCAUAGUGCGAAUGUAUCCAUUGGAAGGCCAACGCAGAAUGUCUGGGGAAUUAGUGAUCCUCCUGGUUUGCCAGCGUACCUCCGAGCUCCAAAUGUGGUCGCAGACAACGCUGCGGAUCCUGGGCAGGGGAAUGUUGCACCAGUGCCAGCCGCUCCGCCUCCAAAAGCUAAAGCUGUGAGGAAGAGUCCCCCGGUGGUUCCCAAGGGUGGAUACGGCCAGGCUAAUAAGGCAACGCCCGGCCUGCAUGCAGAUCACGAUUUCGUCCUGGUAGACUCCGGAGCGAACGAAGUGUUGCGACCAGGCGAGCCCCCGCGGAGGGGGUGUGAAACAUCAUUGCAAUUGGCCGAUGGCAUGAGAAUCAAAGCGUUUAGAAGCCGGGAAGGGGAGUUGGUGAUUCCUGGCGCCACAUGGAUCUGUGGUCUGAGUCGUUUGGUCUCGUUAGGAUACAAGUUCGUGUGGAGCCGAGCCCGAGGUCCCUACCUUCAGACCGAUGAUGAUUUCCCGGGUGAGAUUAGAACCAUCAAUCUAAUCGUCAUGAACGGUUUGCUUUAUGUCCGGUGGGAGGACUUCGUUGAGGUUCGAAGAUACUUGACUCAGCAGUACAAGCAGUGCAAUCGCAAGGUUUGCAGUGUGACGGUUCCCAUGUGUCCCGAAGCCUCAAGCAUUCUUGACAUUGAAGAAGUCAUGGCGCAUGUGGCAGAUGAUCUAGAGUGCUGUGAAGCAAGCUUGGUUGCUGUGGAGCCAGCAACAGACCAUGACGAAUCAAAAGAGAGCCAGUUUGAUGCGGUCUUGGAUGAGCUUCAUAGGGCUAAGUGGAAUGUGUGGAACCACGCUAGAUACACUUCAUUCAUGAUCAUGGAAAACACUGCUUUUCGGCCUCACAAAGACAGUCGAAACAUGCCUGGCUCACAGAAUUAUGUGUUAGGUCUCACGGCAUACGAUGGCGGAGAGGUUUGGGUAGCUGAUCCAAAACUUGAGCGGUCCAAGGCAGUGUGGCGAAAGACGCAUGAUGACAAGCCUCCUGCGAAGGGUCGUUUGUUGAGCACAAGCCGUACGAUUGCUGAGUUCGACCCGUUUCAAAUGCAUGGCACAGAGCCUUUCCGAGGGCACAGAAUUGUGGUGACGGCGUUCACGCCGGCAGCUGGACAGCAGACCUCAGAGCGCAUGCGUGCUCAUUUGGAGGGUUUAGGCUUUCCAAUCCAUGAUAGACACGACGACGACGGAACACGACGUGUAGAGAUCAACACGGUUCUGCAGCAGCAGCAUCAACAACAACAACAGCAGGGUAGCACAUGCGCGCCAGCAGAAGGCGCGCCGGAGCCGCUGGAGAAUGCCUUGGGAGUUCAGGGUGUUCAGGGAGUUCAGGGAAGCUUAGGCGAUGACCAGGGUGUUCAGGAUUGCUUUCAGGGUUUACCUUAUUUCGGUGAAGUCGUAGAAGUGAGCGAUGGAGAGCUGUCAGAAGACUUGUUUCCUGAGCUCGUGCACUCAACGAAGCAAAGAGCCGAUGAGCAGCGACCUGAUUGCGAAGAUAAUUUGGAUGUGUAUGAGCCUUCACUUCCUGAGGAGGAGAAGCCUGUUGACCAAGGUCCAGAGUCUUUGCCACCUGAUGCGAUUCCUAAGCCGAAGCCUGGAAGGACAAUAGAUGAUUUGAGAACUCGAGGACUCCGACGACCACACCUUCGUUUGAGUGCAGAGCAGGUUGCAACGGGAGUGAUGUCCAUUGAUCUUGCUGGUCCUUACCGUGAGGGCUAUGAUGGCGCAAGAUACAUGUUGGUUGCAGUGCUUCGUCUAGCUGAUGGAUGCAACUUGCAGUAUACAAGGCCUCUCCGACACCGACAUUGGCAGCUAGUGUACGAGCAGCUUCAAAGUAUUCUUUCACAGAUUGCAGCUACAAGUCACGAUCUUGGUUUGCUAACCGUCGAGGAGCGCGAAUACGGCCCUGAAGAGGCGAAGGAAGCAGAUUUCUUCCAGGCGGCGAAGUGUGAAGCAGCAUGCAACAAGGCUGUGGAGAGUUCAGCUAAGGAUGCUGAGGUCACCAAGUCCAGGGAUAAGAAUCUUGAGUGGCUUGAGGGAAAGACCUGCACCGUUUGUGGGAAAUCUUCCAAGGCAUGCUAUCUUGAGAAGCUGGAUAAGGUGACGCCAGAGCCAUGUGGAUAUCAGGUUCCUGGAUUUGAUGAAGAAGCAGAGAUGGUUGAGCAAGAGCGUCUAGCCCAGGAGCUCAAGAGCUUUAAGGCAAGCGCGGAACCAUGUGGAAACGAUGUUUUCUUCGGCCCACGUCGCGAGGAUUGGAUUGGAGCGGCACGUAAGGAGCUCGACAACAUGACGGUGCAUCAGAAGGUUUGGAUUGAGGUUCGAAAGGGCCAUAUCCAUGAGGAUUUGGGUCUAGACAGAAGCGUGAAGCUUCCUAAGGCCCUACCGAUGCAACUUGUCAACACCUUGAAGCCUUUGAAUGAAAGCUCUGGACCAAUCGACGAGCCGAAAGUGAGGAUCGUAGCAUGCGGAAAUUUCCAACAUGAUUCCCAGGACAAAGAGGACUUGAGCACGCAGAAUGUGGACAUGUCUGUCUUGAGGACCAUGGCUAAGGAAACUGCUCUAAGGCCAUCGUGGAUCAUGGGAGCAGGUGACAUCAGCGCAGCAUUUUUAAACACCUUCUUGGGUGGUAAAGACUUGGUCAUUCUUGAGCCGCCGGCAGUCCUUAAACGACUGGGUUUGAUUGCGGAAGAUGUUCAGUACGUCCCAAUCAGAGCAAUCUACGGGUUGCGACGGUCCCCUUUGGACUGGAGCCGGGAUCGAGACGGCAAGAUUUCCGGUAAGGUUUUGACCGAUGAUCAAGGAAGGCAGAUCCACUGCGUGCCUAUCGCGCACCAGGACGGUCUGUGGAAGCUGCUAUGUGGUGACACUCUAGUGGGAUUAGUAGCCAUGUAUGUAGAUGAUUGCUUGGUAACGGGCGAACGAUCUGCAGUGGAAGCGUUCUUGCAGUUUGUGAGCGCAGAGUGGCGAACGAAAAUCCAGGGUUUCAUCGCGAGACAAACGGACGUGCAAGUGAAAUGCAACGAUGAACAAGUGGCACAGAAGCAAGCGCUGAACUUCUUGGGAGUAGAAAUUUCCUUCGAGGGGGAUAAGAUCGUUAUCCAGCAGCGCCGCUGGAUUCUUCAAGAGCUGAAUCGCAGAGGCUGGGUUCAUAUGAAGGGUUCGCAGUCACUUCCUCAGCUGGAGAUGGCCGAGGAUGAAGCACUUGACGAGCAUCAUGCCAAGAAUCUGGCCAAUGCACGGUCAGAAAUUGGAGCUCUGAUGUGGAUUGGAAUUCGGAGUAGACCCGAUGUCCUUGCUGCUGUGUCAAUGGGAGCGAGUGUUAUGCAUCGCCGACCAGAGGCGAUCUGUAAGUUCUGUGUGGGUUUGUGGCGCUAUGUGCGAGGGACCCUUGAUGAGUGCUUGCAGUAUGGACCGGAUGGGAAUCCGGGUGAGAUGACUUUCAUUUCAGAUGCAUCGUUCGCCCCUGAGGGCUCUCGAAGCCGGACAGGUGGCGUGUUGUGUUAUGCAGGCAGUGUGAUACAUUGGUUCUCCUGUCGACAGACAGUCACUGCUUGGUCAGUUUGUGAAGCAGAAACGGAUGCACUGGCUGAGACCUUGUCCCAGGGGAUUCGUCUUACGUAUGUGCUGCAGGAUCUUCUUCAUAAGCCUGUGACGAGGUGCACAAAGCUCUCCCUGCGGCCUCCGCGCAAGCUAGGCCUCGGCGCGAGGCCCACAAAUCCACCACCUCGCACUGCUGGCUCUGGGCCACUUCGCGAGCUCUCGGCGAUCGCGGAUGCCGCUCUGCUAAACAAUGUUUCCUCGCAGAUGCCCCGCCUCGGAGAAGUGCCAGCGGAACAGCGGAGGCCGGCGGGCUUUGAGAAUGCGUAUACUGUGCUGGGGCUGAAAGAGCAUCGUGAGCAAGCAGCCGUCACCUUGAUGAAGGCUGCACAUGAGCCAUCAGGAGCAGAAAGCGCCCUGCUCGCCAGAGUGGCGCGGCGAGAAAUGAUCUGCAAGCAUCUGCCACACCCGGCCGCAUGCGCGGAUUCCCUGGACGUGCUCGCCGAGCCUCCAGCUCACGUUCGAAUCGCGACCCCGGCAGCCCCGGCAGCUGAAGCAUCACAGGAGCAACUCUCGCCGGUAGCAAACGGGCUCUGA